GUUCGCCACCUGCGUAACAUCUGCGAAGGCACUCGUUGACAAACUGGACGCUGCAGCACGUCCUGGCUGUUCUACGUCCCCUACCAGUACAGCAAACCAGCUUGCUGGCAUGAAAAUGGAAGACAGCACUGACAUUACAUCAGGACCUGGUGCUCUUCAGUGCUGGCUUGAGAGCAUUGGUCUGCCUACAUGCUUUCCUAUUCUUCUGGAGAAAGGAAUCCGUGACAUGAAUGGCUUGAAACUGAUGAACUUCAAGACACUGAAGCGACUACGACUCAGGAAGCAGCAGGAAGAUGCGCUGUGCAAUGCCAUACGUGACCUCAGCUAUGAUGAAGAGGAUGAGGAGCUGUUUCCAAGUCAGGAAUUUCCUGGAGCGCAGUCACAGGGAACACUGUCACAGGGGAGCACAGCAGACUUGAGCCAGCAGAGCUGCACUUCAACCAGCAGUGCAAGGCAGUACCGUGUCACCCGUAUUCGUGUUAUCCAGCCCAUUACAGACCACGACUACUCCUAGGCUGUUACUGGUUCUGUUUCCAUAUUGCUCUCAUGCCAGCAUGUAGCCAGGUUUCACAAAAGUAUGUUGACAGUAAGCUUCUAUUUUGAACUGGUGAACAAGGGACAGUCGAGUCUUGCCACACAGUUAGUGAUGAAGACUGUACUUAACAGAACAACACUAUUUAGAAAAGCUUACUUCACUUGGAUGCACCUACACUAAAUGUCAUUGUCACCCGCCAGCUAUAGUUUGGGAUGAGAGUAAUAUGGUCACAAUAAUGUACAUACUGUGGAAUAACUUCUGCAUUGUUUUUAGCAGUGUUGCUGGCUGAUUCCUGUAAACAAAAAAAAAGCAAUGUAAGUUAGUCAUUCCUGCUGGCCGGGAGUUGUUUUUAUUGUAUUUUUGACUAUUAUGAAGUUAUUAUUGCUUGUACAAGGUACAUUAGCUUGUUGUUUUUUGUUCUCAUCACUUCUGUUAGCAUUACAUUUGACAAGUACCGUUUGUAGGAUAAGAGCUUUGUUCAUAUAUAUAUAUUUUUUAUCACGUUUUGGAAUGUUUUCAUAUUUAACUUUUGCUUAGGUGUCCACCUGUUCAAUGCUAUGUAGCUGCAUUUGUAGCUGCGACUCUCACAUGGAAAGCACACACUGAAAUUUCGUAGAACCUUUUAUCUUUUUGAGUGUUUUUCUGGCAUAUAUAUGUAUAUAUCGAUGCAGGAGAGUUAGAUCCUUUUUUAAGUAUUAUUCAGAUGCAUCAUUUGUUGUUUCGUGAAGGUCUGUAAAUUUCAGACGUGUUCUCUAUCUUUUAUUCUUCUUCUCUUUUUUUUUCCCCCUUAUAGAGGCGAAACUUGCAUUUACUUUGCACUAAACGAAGUGGCUCAGGGUAUACUAUUACUUUUUACUUUUUAUUCGUGGCAGCAAGUGAUGCAUAUGUAUCAGUAUAGAAGGGAUAAAUGGGCACUGUUCUAACUACUAAUUAAACAUUGGGGAUGACUUACAGCAACUAACAUAAAGGCUUAAGCUAAAGUCUGACAGCAUUGGCCUAGCGAGUGUUCUGUCAUGAAUAGGUCUUGACACAGCAGUUGAGUGCUGCUGUGUCAAAUGAGAGCAGCAAUGUUAGUUGUUUGGAGGCAAGUUACUUGUAGCAUUGUGUUGCAAACAAGAUGGUAUGCAAAGUUUGUUUGCAGAGUCAUGUUAUUUUGUCACACACCUGCAUGUGGUACAAAUUUGUUUUUUUUUUUUCUAAGUGUGUUCAAUAAAAACCAUUUGUCGUUUCA